UCUCCACACUUAAGCGACACUUACUUACUUUAGACGACCGCAUUGAGCGACAUUAAGAACAAUUUGAGAUUAAGUUCAAGUUUAGCAUUGCGAACAUAACAAGCGCGAUGCAUUUGGGCUUUUCGUUAUUCAUUUGCUACAAUUUGCCGUUACUACUGCGUGCGUGUCCCAUCUACCUAACAAUAUCGCUCGAUGCCAAAACGUUGCAAGAUGCCAACCUCGAGGUAAAUUGGGGUCCCGAAUGUCAUGAUCACCCGGAAUGGAUUGGUAUUUUCAGCGAAGAUCCCUCGACCACCUAUGUACAACCUGAUGCGCGUAUAACCGAUAUAACAAAUUCUUCCGGUAAGGUUUUGAGUGAUGUGAAAAUCGGUAAAUUACGCUUUCCACCCGGUUGGAAUAAUAACGAUGUGAAUGUGGUGCCCAGCGAAUAUCCGAAGGGUAAAUGUCUACCCUAUUAUGUGGCCAGUUUUAAUGGCAGUGAACUGUUGACGGUGGAAUGUUUGAAAAUACAACCGAAUUGGAUGUCCAAGUUGGAGCAUAUAGCUCAAAUGCCAUUAAAGGAUCUCUUCAUACCAGGUACUCAUGCCUCAGCUGCUUAUGUCGCCAAUUUGACUAAAACCAAAUCGGUGUUGGUUAAAGACUAUGUGGUAGCUCAACAUUUCGAUGUCUGGUCACAAUUGGUCUUUGGUAUACGCUAUCUGGAUUUCAGCAUUGGCUUUGAUAAAAUCGUAGAUGUUUACGAUUCAAAUAAUGCUGAUAACUUUUGUAUUGUCAAUGAGAACAAGCUGGUCCGCCCUUUAAGGGGUAUUUUGAAAGACGUUAAGCGUUUCGUGAAGCUCUCCCACGAGGUUGUUAUAUUGGACUUCAGUUCGUUUCCAAUUGGCUUCUACAAGCAUCCGGAACGUCAUAGCAGUCUACUACAUCUUCUGCACGAAGAAGUCGGCGAUAUUGUCUAUACCAGAAACACGAGUACACACGAGGAAGCCAAGCCAUGCUAUGAGCUCACUAUCGACGAAAUUCGACAAAGUAAUAAAUUUCUAAUAAUUUUAUAUCCAGUACAGGAAUUACCAUAUCCGGAAAGUGAGUCGAAAAUAUUAUGCGCCAACUGGAAACGGUUCUCUACCGCUUUUAUGAAUACCUCCGAGGCAUUGGAUAAUAUGCGUUUGCUAUUUAGCAAAAAGCACAAUUCACCGGUGCAAAAUGAAGGUUGGAUAUUUCAAGCCAUACGCAGCAUGGAACAGUCCUUGAAUAACAAUAAAUUGGAGACAGCCAAAGAGCGUGCCGCGCUCUUGAAUCCAAAAGUGACCAGCUGGCUCAAAGGCCCGUGGAGCUUAACCGCCAAUGUCGUGGCACUCGACUAUUUCAGUAACACGAAUAUUAUCGAUGUGGCCAUUUAUGCCAAUAUGCAUAAAGCUUUCAAUAUGGCCAAUAAGAAUUUUGUUAACUUUGAGAUUGUUAGUAAUUAAAGUCGCAUAUUAAGGCUUAGCACAGUGUGGUCCAACAGAUACAAAUUGGGUGCAAAACUAUAGCACUUAGUCAGGUUGACUCGAAUUUAGUAGAAUAUGUAUAUAAUGUGUUAACAUAAUUAUUAAAUUCAUUAAGAAUAAAGCAUAUUAAAAGUUCA